AUGCCUGAAACGUAUGAAAUGGAGAUAUUACCUGGCGUAAAAACCGAGUCUGGAAAGGAACUGCUUUCUGAUGUAAAAAUUGAAACAUCCGAGAAAGAGUCAUUAUCAACCAAAGAGGGUCUUCAAGAAAAUAAAAAACGAAUACAUGACGACGAAGAAAGUUACAGUUAUGCUCUUGAUGACUCAAAAAGGCAAAAGAGAGAGGGCUCGCUAAUUUUAUAUUUGCUUAAUUCACUUGAAGGAUCUGAAACCCCUGGAACACAUUCUCCCAAAUCAACAGCUUCGUUUUCACCUUCUGCAUCAGAUAGAGACUCCACACCAACAUACUCUUCUAAUUCUUAUUUAAUGGCACAAUAUUUUCCCAAACAUGGGAUGUCCGCAUUGCAUCUAAAUGAAUCACAAAAGGCUGCUCUAGAUAGGGCAAAGGCCUUUGCAAGGGAUAUACAGGCAACACUGCUAAAAUCAGCUGGAAGAGAUAGCUCACCACCACGUUUACCUUCUCUUUUUUUAUCAUCUAAUCCUGGAUUGGCAUCCGGAAUAGAUCCCCGUUCUCUUUCGGUUUUAUCACGUAUUUAUGUCGGCUCGAUCAACUUUGAACUUACCGAACAACAUUUGCGCGUUGUGUUCGGCCAAUUCGGUUCAAUAAAGAGUGUUAGUAUGUCUUUAGAUCCUCUCACUGGAAAACAUAAAGGUUUUUGCUUCAUUGAAUUUGAAACACCGGAAGGUGCUUCUUUGGCUCUUGAAUCUAUGAAUGGAGCUGAAUUAGCUGUUAGUUCUAUGAACAAUUUUGAAUUAGGUGGUUUGAUUUUACAUGUUGGUAAAGCGGUGAUUGGAGGUCCACUGAGCGAGGGUAUGAAAGCAAUCGAAAAAUUACCCCCGCUUCCUGUUGGUGUAACUCCUCCACCUACUCUUGUAGCUUCCCCUUCUGUGUCUGCUGCAGGACCAUCUUUUCGGUUAAUUUUAAACUCAAACUUAAUAGCUGCAGCUGCUAAAGCUCAAAAUGCUGCAGCAAAAAUAGCAGCUGAUUUGGCUGCUAGAGGACAAGCUGCAGUGGAGUCUGUCGCACAAGAAGAGAAUAUGAGUAUUAGUGCUAGCCAACGUUAUGCAAUUAUGCAGAAAUUAGCACGAGCUGAAUCAUCUCCAGUUGUGUGCAUUCGUAAUGCUGUUUCGCCUUCGGAAGUUGACGAUACACUUGAAGACGAAUUCCAAGAAGAGUGUAGUAAUUAUGGAAAAGUUAGCAAAGUGGUGGUUCACAUUGAUUCCGAAGAAAGUUUUGAAGGUGAACGAGGUUUGGUUAAAAUAUUCGUUCAAUUUGAAGAAGGAGCUGAUGCGGUGAAAGCCAAAGAAAAAUUGGAUGGUCGAUGGUUUGGAGGUCGUCGUAUAAGUGCUACAUUAUUUGAUCUUAAAAAUAAGCCUUUGGAUGCUGCCUCGGCGACUCCAAUCAUUGGUUUUAAUACAGCAACCGGAACAGCACGAAUCACAGCCUUAACUGUUCCUUGA